UGUGCCUUCACAAUCAGGGUCACUUGCGAGCUUUGAAAAAUAGAUGGAACCUAAACGUCGAAGCUGUUAUUAAGUUUCAUUUAAACGUAAUCCUAUGGACCGCCUAGCAUCUUUUGCAAAUGACCCCUCCGAUAAACCGCCAUGCAGAGGUUGUUCAUCGUAUCUGACUGAGCCUUAUAUCAAAUGUGCAGAAUGUGGACCCUCACCUUUCCUGCUGUGCCUCCAGUGCUUCACCAGAGGAUUUGAGUACAAGAAGCACCAGAGUGAUCACAAAUAUGAAAUCAUGACGUCAGAUUUCCCCGUGCUGGAGCCUGGGUGGACGGCCCAGGAAGAGAUGGCCCUGCUUGAAGCCGUCAUGGACUGUGGCUUUGGAAAUUGGCAAGAUGUUGCGUAUCAGAUGCGCACUAAAACCAAAGAGGAGUGUGAGAGCCACUACAUGAAGAAUUUCAUCAAUAACCCACUCUUCUCCUCCACCCUGCUCAGCCUGCGGAAAGCAAAAGACUCUCGUGUUGCAGAAGGCGCUAUUCCUUUUAAACCGAGCGACGAUCCCCCUCGGCCCACAUUUGACUCGGUGCUGUCUCGCGACAUGGCUGGAUACAUGCCUGCCAGAGCCGACUUCAUGGAGGAGUUUGACAACUAUGCAGAAUGGGAUUUGAAAGAUAUUGACUUUGUGGAUGAUGAUUCAGACGUCCUUCGUGCACUGAAGCUUGCAGUUGUUGAUAUUUAUCAUUCAAGAUUAAAGGAGAGACAACGGAGGAAGAAGAUAAUCCGAGACCAUGGAUUGAUCAACCUGCGGAAAUUCCAGAUGCUGGAGCGAUGCUACCCAAAGGAGGUGCAGGAGCUGUAUGAUGUCAUGAGAAGAUUUGCCAGAGUGGUUGGACCAAUUGAACAUGACAAAUUCAUCGAAAGUCACGCAUGUUAGUAUCUGGCUGAGUUCACAUGGCAGGAUUACGUGCAAUUUAAGCAACAGUCACAAACACAGAGAAUCGAUUUGACCAGUUUUUGUGCCAAGGUGUACGAGCGGGUGAAGCGAAUGCGUGAAGACGAGCGGAGGAAGAGGACCAUGCUGUGUGACGUGCUGCAGUACAUCCAGGAUGGCAGAGCCUGUCAGCAGUGGCUCAGCAAACAGGCUGCAAUAGAUGCUGGAAUCACUCCAGCUGUCACAACAAUCACAGUGUCAGCAACAGGUAGGCGGAGCGCCCCACCUCUCAACCUGACCGGACUGCCGGGAACAGAGAAGCUCAACGAGCGGGAGAAAGAGCUGUGUCAGGUGGUGCGGCUGGUACCGGGCGCCUACCUGGAGUAAAAACAAGCUUUACUUAACGAGUGCAGACGGCAGGGCGGGCUGCGGCUGGCACAGGCGCGGGCGCUGAUCAAGAUCGACGUCAACAAGACUCGCAAGAUCUAUGACUUCCUAAUCAAAGAGGGUUACAUCACCAAGGCGUAGGAGUGUUUGACCACAGUGGGAAGUUCGAUCGUGGUUAGUGUUAGUUUGUUUUUAAUCUUGUAAUGUUGUCAGCUCAAGUUUUGUAAGACGUUCAGAUUGUUGCUGCUUGUUAUAUUAUAACAUUUGUUAUUGUGUGUUUUAGUUUAAAUGUACUCAAGUCUUGUAUAAUUGUGAGAAGAACAGGGGAUUGUAUUAAAAUGAUGUAUUUAUUUCUCCUGAUAUAAAGUGUUAGAAAAUGA